AUGUCUCUUAAGCCGUUCGAUAUCGAGGUGGACCCACCAAGCGAGGAGCUGAUGGAGAUCGCUCGGCGGGAGUUGCGCGAAACGCCUGAAGUUCGGGAAGCUGCCCUGGAGGAACUGCGAGCGCUCCUGAAGGAAGCCAAGGAUAUGCACUUCAGUGACGAGAAAGAGUUUCUCCUAAUUUUCCUCCGUCCGUGUCAUUUCUACGCCGAAAGUGCACUAAAAAUGAUGCGUCGAAUUGCGGAGUUUAAGCAGUCCAACCACCCACUGCUGCACGCGCUCAAGCCCGAAGAGGAGAAGCUCGCCUUCAUCGAUCACAACGUGGUGAACGUGCUGACCAACCGGGACCAGAAGGGGCGCCGCGUGCUGCUGGUGAACUGCGGGUCGGCCUGGGACCCGAAGGCGGUCAGCUCCGAACAACUGUUCCGGCUGUUCUUCCUGAUCCAUCUCGUCGCCCAGCUCGAGCCGGCCACACAGAUCAACGGCAUCGUGGUGGUGCUGGACUUCGACGGCCUCUCCCUGAAGCAGGUUAAAGCGCUGUCGCCCUCCUUCUCCCGGCGGCUGAUAACCUUCAUCCAGGACGCGAUGCCGCUGCGCCUAAAGGAGGUGCACAUCCUCAAGCAGCCGUACAUCUUCAACAUGGUGUGGGCACUCUUCAAGCCAUUCAUCCGCGAGAAGCUCAAGAGUCGCAUCUACUUCCAUGGCAACGAUCUGGCAAAGUUCCACCAGUUCAUCAGCAUCGACAAGCUGCCGGCGGACUUUGGAGGCAACCUUCCGGCGAUCGACUACACCGGGCUCGAUUGGUAUCCGUGUGUGGCAGCGCAGAUCGAACACAUCGAGAAGUACCAACGGUGCGGAUUCGUCGACGACAAGAAGGGCUAGAAAUCGAAAGGAAUCGUUGGGGGUAGCGUUUCGUAAAUCAUCUGCU